CUACGUCAACAGUGUGCUUCCGGUAUGAGCGGAAGACAACAGAAGGGAGCUACGCGGUUCGUAUGUAAAUGUUAAAAUAGCAUAACGAAAACUUGUAUUUUUGUUUUGGACGAUUCGAGGAAACAAAGACAAAAACGUUAACAUGUUUUCCUUUCACGUUUUCGACCACCCGAUGACUCGGGGGUUCCAGAACCGCUUUUCCACUCAGUACCGCUGCUACUCGGUGUCGAUGCUGGCAGGUCCAAAUGACCGAUCUGACGUGGAGAAAGGAGGCAAAAUUAUAAUGCCACCUUCAGCACUUGACCAACUCAGUAGACUUAAUAUCACCUAUCCUAUGCUGUUCAAGCUGACCAACAAGAAUUCAGACAGAAUGACACACUGCGGUGUUCUGGAGUUUGUGGCAGAUGAGGGCAUCUGCUACCUGCCACACUGGAUGAUGCAGAAUCUUCUGCUGGAGGAAGGUGGUCUGGUCCAGGUGGAGAGUGUUAACCUCAUGGUGGCCACCUAUUCAAAGUUUCAGCCACAAAGUCCUGACUUUCUGGACAUCACAAACCCAAAAGCAGUGUUGGAGAAUGCUUUACGGAACUUUGCCUGCUUGACCACUGGUGAUGUCAUAGCCAUCAACUACAAUGAAAAGAUUUAUGAGCUGCGAGUGAUGGAGACCAAGCCAGAUAAAGCCGUAUCCAUCAUUGAGUGUGACAUGAACGUGGACUUUGAUGCUCCUUUAGGCUACAAAGAGCCCGAACGCCGCACUCAGAACCAGGAAGAACCGACUGAGGAAGAAGGAGAUCCAAGCAGUUACUCUGACAUGGACAUAGGAUUCAGAGCUUUCACCGGCUCUGGCAAUCGUUUGGAUGGUAAAACAAAAGGGAUUGAGCCCAGCCCUGCUCCUCUGACCGCUAGCGACAUUAAAAGAGGUAUUCCCAACUAUGACUUCAAAGUUGGCAGGAUCACCUUCAUCCGAAACUCCAGGCCACAGCCUAGGAAAAUGGUAGAUGAUGAUGAUGCCAUGAACAGAUUCAUCGCCUUCUCCGGACAAGGACAGUCAUUACGCAAAAAAGGCAGAAAGCCGUGAUGGGUUCCAGCAAGACUUCAAUCACAUGCGCGCGCACACACACACACACACACACACACACACACCUAAAAUCCUCCUUCCAGGUGCAGUGGGACAUUGCGUGUCCAUCACUUUUGAAGUUGCAGUUGUGCUGUGGAGGUGGGCUUGUACUCUUAUUAUAACUGCUGCUGCUCAAUGAAAGGUAAGAUCCACAAAAUGCAGCCGGUGGUUGGUUUGAAUUCUUUUACCAAAACAUGACCAAGAUAAAUUUUUGAAGCAUCAUUAUUUGGACUUGAAGGUUUACUUGACCCUUUUUUUUUUUUUUUUUUUUUUUUUUUUUUUUUUUAGAAUUAUUAUUAUUGAGGAUUUUCCAAUCCGCUCAUAAUAUACUGUUAUCCCAUUAUGCCCCGCAUUGUUGUGAGAAAAUGGGUGCAAUAUUUGUUUUUAAUAAUAAUUGAAAAAUGUUUGUUAUUCUGAGACAUUGAAGGGGUCCUUUGGUUUAUUUAU